UCCAAGCACCAUCAUUUCCUUCAUAUUUGUCAACUCCACACCCUGAUUGUUCCUCCCACCAUUUCCCCACUACUUCUUUUCCCUUCCUUCUCUUUCUUCCCAUUUCAUUUCCAUAUCUUCCUCACACACUUCUUAUUGAUAUCAAAUAUUACAAAACUACCAAAGGAAGAAUUUGAUGGAGGUAGUAGCUCCAAAGAUGGACCACUCCCUUUCAUCAUCAUCUUCUUCAUAUUGCUUUGAUUCUGAUGACUCUUCUUUACCAUUAGAGCUUCCCCUUAUGCGAAGCCGAAGAUUGGGAAAGCACACUUCCUUAAGUCUCUUUGCUGCAGUAACAUCGAUUUUCCGAUCAUUCAUACCAUCUCUCCAAACUAUAUUUCUUCCAUCAUGCAAGUGGUUGAGCAUGCCGGUAACAGUUCCUAUGUCACCAAGUCCCAGUAGGAAAAAAAUCACUGGUACAUUUUUUGGCAACAAAAGAGGCCGGGUAAGUUUUGCUGUUCAAGAAGAUCCAAGAUCGGAACCCAUGCUGUUGUUGGAGCUCGCCAUGCCGACUAGCCAUCUUGUUAAAGAGAUGGCUUCCGGCAUGGUAAGAAUUCUUCUUGAGUGCGAACUCGCAUCGAACAACAACAUAAAUAUGCAUAAAAAGAAAAGAGCACUUUCGCGGUGUUUAUGGGACGAGCCAACAUGGACAAUGUAUUGUAAUGGACACCGCAGAGGUUUUGCGGUGUCACGCCAAUGCACUGUGUCAGAUUUACAUGUGCUUGGUGCUGUGAAGACGGUAUCUGUCGGCGCCGGAGUUUUGCCGGCGGUGAUGGGGAAUGCAUUGGAGAUGGGGAAGGGGAGUGGAAAUUAUUCUGGUGCAGUGUUUGAUGGAUCAUUAGGUGGAGAAGUUAUGUAUAUGAGAGCUAAGUUUGAGAGGGUGGUUGGAAGUAAAGAUUCGGAAGCUUUGUAUAUGAUAAGUCCUGAUUGUGGGAGAGGGAAGAGGUUUGAUAAUGGAGGGCCUGAACUUAGUUUGUUUCUAUUGAGGAUUUAAUUAGAGGUGUUUGGGUUGAGAUCAUGUGAUGAAUUGUUGGAGUGAAAUGGUUUAAUGAGCUUUUUUUUAGUUUGUUUCUUAUUAUUUUUAUUAGUUGAUAUGUGUGUGUCUGUAGUAUUUAUAUAUGUUUUUGUUGUUGCUUAUGGUUGUGCAAGAUAUGAACUGU